CUAAAAUAUAACCUAAUAAGCACUAAGCAGUCAUCUGAAUAAUCAUUUCACCUGAUAACCUUACAAAAAUAAAAUUUUAUGAAAACAAAAAAAUACAUGAAACUCUCUCUCACUCUCAAGCGACAAUUUCUCACUUUUCUCAUCACUUUACCCUCGUCUCGACAAACUCUCCCCACAUCAACAUCAGCAGGUUGCGAAAUAAUAACAAAACCAAGUUUUGAAAAAUAAAUUGUGCUCAUCAGCAAUAUCAAAAGUUCGCAUAUUUCAAAACAUGGAAGUCGGAUUCUUGUAAAGCAAAUCAAACUAAUGGAACGAGCCGUUUAUUAGGAUCAUUUUGCAGCAGCGACCGGUCUCAUAAUCUAUUAGGCUGCAAAAAAAUAGUUUACAAAUGGCGACAAAAGGUGACCCUUCCUGCUUUGUCUGCGGGUCAGCCGACCUCUCCUCACAAGCGCAGCCGCGUCGCCGUUACGCCAAACUGACGACGCUCUUUAAAACUUUGGUGAUGACGGCGGACGUGCCGCAAAAACUGGGCGGCUCCUCCGACCUUGUGGAAUCCUGCGCCGCCUGUUUGGCCAUGAUUAAGGACGUUUACGACCUUCGACAGGAAAUCGUGUCGUUGCAAACCCAACUCGACGCACUUUUGGAGGGGGCGAGGUUAAAAUUGGGAAAUAUUCGGAACACGAAAGGGCUACGAACUAACCUUAGAAAUACGACCGGUAAUAGAGCAAAACUGAUGGAACCGGAAGUCGAAGAUUCCAUCCGACGAGAUAAUGACGACGUUCACAUUAAAGAAGAAUUUGACGAUGUGUUUUACCUCGAUGCCGAAAUAAUUCCUGAUUCUGUAGAAGAAAUGGACCAGUUAAGCAGUCAAGCUUUACGUUACGAUAACGACUUGCCAGAAUCUGGAGAUGACAACGACCCCGACUAUGAUCCCACCUCUGAAAAUAUCUCGUUUAAUAUUUCCCUUACCCAGAGGAAUAAGCCGUGCCUGCAGUAUCUCGAGCAUUCAUACAUCUCGUACAAGAAACGUGGCACUCGAGAGUAUUGGAAAUGCAGGAGGACAAAAUGCACCGGCCGCCUCAUCAAAACCCUGAAGAACAACACCACUGAAAGCAUCAUCAUUUCAAAAGAACACAAUUGUACACGUGUGGGAUCGCCAGUCGACCCCCCUCAGGAUGACACCAAAUUGCUAAAUAUGGUCACAGAAUCUGACGACGAUCAAGAUGUCAAUAUUCCUGAAAAUGACUUAUUCAGCAUUUCCAUUACCCAGAGGAACAAGCCUUGCUUACAGUAUCAAAACCAUUCCUACGUCUCGUACAAGACACGUGGCCGUCGCGAGUAUUGGAGGUGCAGGACGACAAAAUGUACCGGCCGCCUUAUCAAAAAUACUAAAAGCAACACCGCCGACACGGUCAUCAUUUCAAAGGAACAUACUUGUAGGAGAUCCGGAAUCGAGUUAAAUUUAAGUCUGGACCACUCCCCCGGGGGUGGACCGAUUGACCCCAUUAUCGAACUCGACCAAGAACUAAAAAUUAGAAGCACAAUGGCGAAAACCGCGUUUUAUUCUGGAGAUAUCCUGCAGACGGACGGGCAAAACAAUCACAUAAACCAGCUAACGCUACUUAAUAAACGAAUCUGCUGGAAAACUUUGUUAAAACACUUAAAAAAGUCAAUGUUUUGACGAAAAUUAAAAUAAUUUUUUAAAAGCAAAUGAAUUAAAUCGGUAGACUGAUAUGUGACUUGGUAUUAAAUUAUUAUUGUCAAUACUAAUAUAGUAUACAAUGUAAUACCAAUUAGUAAUAAAAUUAUUACGACAAAGUAUUAUUUUAAUACCAGAUUUACCAGGGUAGUUCAACCCCCCAGUGCCAAAGUGGUAGAUUCACAUCUCAAUACAGCUCACUUCUUUUAAUACCCAGUUUCUAAUCUAAGAGUGCAUAUAAAUAACAUUUGGUUUCAAAGAAAUUUCAAAAUCUUGACGCAAUUACAAUCAAUUUCUACACCCCUAAAAAACUGGUAUUAAAUCAUUACCAACUAACAAAUUUAUCAGUGUGUUAACUUUAUCAUUUACAAAAAUUUGUAGACACGUUAACAAUUAGGAACUCCUUUUAUAUGCAAAUAUUCUCAUGUUCCUCCUUAUAUUUCCAUCCCAAAAAAUAUGUAACCAUACUAAUUUAAAUAUAAUCGAGUUUUUCGAAA